AUGUCGAUGGCUAACAUUAUUCCAGCAGCUGACAAAGUAGCUCUAGGCCUCAUCAAAUACACCAGACCGAUGCCAAUCCCUAAAAACCGAGUUAUGUCAGAGCAGAUGGAAGAAUAUUACGGCAUAGGCAGCUUUCACUGCCCAGAGCACCAAAAAUUAGCUGAAAAACUUUUGAUCACAACAAAAGCUUACUCUCAAUCCAGAUCUCUUGCUGAAAAACAACAAAUUGCUAAAGCUGAGCUUGAAUUAUGGCUAAACUACGUCAAAGCCCGCACAGAAGUUUUGCCUGAUUAUUACAAAAUGCAACCAAAAACUCAAUCCAGCCUCCUAAGGCAUUAUACCAAAAAUUUAUUCAGAAGAGAAGACUCUAUUGCCUGUGACAGGAUGCUUGACUUUCAUUCAACUUUUAUAGAGGAUUACCCAUUUGACGUCCCAAUUGAUAUGAAAAGUUUGCAUGAAAUGCUUCAUCCCCAUGCUUAUUAUCUGUGUUCAAUGCCUACUGGCUUUACUUUUGCUCAAUUACUCCAAUUUUAUAAUUUACAAUCAUUAGCUAGCUAUGAAAGAUCAUUAGGAGAAGACAUACUCGCAAGGCAACUGAGCGCACUUAAUUAUUGGAGAUUUCUUGACGAAGAUCUUUCAGGAAUUUUAAACAAAAAAGGGUUCCAAGCUAUAAUGAAAACACUGAGAUUUCCGAUUUUGGAGAGCUUAAGCGAGAUACAAAAAGAAUUUUCAUGGACUUUGAAAGAUCUGCCGAAUGAGUUUGAAGGGAUGAGCGAUGAGAACUUCUUUAUUAGGUUCCAGCUUAUUAGAAAGCUAUUUUUAGAUCAUAAUUUAUAA